AUGGCUUUUUUGAAAAAUGGAAUAUGGAUUAGAAAUAUUGGACUAUGUUUAAUUUUGGUAUUUCUGUGGAUUCAAGAUACCAAAGAGGAUGUCACUUUUACACAAACAGUUGAUAUGGCAGGUAGAGGUUGUGAUGAACAAACAGCUACUCAGAUCACAGAUUCUGAUGUCGUUCAGGUGUACGCCCGUCCACCACAACUACCAUCAGGGGAGGGAACUAGAGAUUCAUGUACUGUGGAAUUGGUGACCAAUAACAAUAGACGUAUUAGAAUCUAUAUUCUAGAUAUUGUUAUUUAUGACUGUGGAACUUUUAUUAAAAUUUUCGAUACAGAACAACAGAUGGUGAAGCCAAGGUGGACAUUAGAUUGUAACACCAAAUCAGGACAGAAGUUUAUCUCAGCCUACAGUCGGGUUCUGAUCAAACUGGAGAAACUGUCAGCUCAAUCUAUAAAUUUUAAAUACAGUUUCGCCUUGACAACAUCACAAGGUCCAGAUGUAGAAUUUGAACAAGCAGAGUCUAACUUCCGUCAGGAAAUCUUGACAGAUGGAGCAAUUGCUGGUAUUGGGGUUGCUGCUGCUGUGGUCCUUCUGGCUAUUAUCCUCAUCAUCAUAUUUCUGGUUGUUAGACUAAAGAAGAUUAGACGAGAGGACGAUGAGAUAGCAAUGUCCUCCAAAGGUGGCUCUACCAAUGGCCGUUCUCGAACCACAUUCCAGUCCCGCCAUUACUCUCACAGUCAAGAUAUGAGCAGUAUUGACAGUCGAGAUGCUCCCUACACCAACGGCUUCUCCAAUGGGGCUUACAAAGAUGAGAGUCCAAAUAAAGAAGUUAAAUCCAUUUUAAAAACUGAGAAAAUUGAAGAGAGGAAGGUCAACAAGUCGCCUUUUAUCAUCAGACAAUCCCAUAGAGAAAGCAACAGAAGUCUGGACAAGCCCUGUCUAGAUGAUACUGACGUCUCCGAGGGAGAUUACUAUUCUGAUUCCAGCAAAAUAAAAAGAGACGCGGAAAGAAAAAAGAGGAGGAGCAGCCGACAGAGGUCCAAGAGCUCUGGACAUUCUGACAAUGAAAGAAAUGACACCAAGGAUCGAGAGAGGGCAAGAUCUAGGACAAGGUCUGAAAAAAGUCGUUUGCAAAGUGAAACUGACAAAGACAUGAGAUCUCGUUCUGAAGACCCCUUGCUUACUCUAAAGAGGGAAAAGGAACGUCAUCAGGUCGGGAAAAGAGUCGAGAAAGCAAUAAGCACAGGACUCGGUCCGUCAGUGAGCGUCGUAUUGACAAGCAGCGAGAAAGGGAAAGAUCUCGCUCCCCAAGCAGUCGCCAUGGCUCUACAUCUGCUAUUGGACGCUCUAGUUCCAGACCCCGAACAGCUAGUUCGUCAAGUAGCAGACACCAAUCCCAGUCACAACCGGAUAAAUAUUCCUCCAAUAGCCGUCACAAAACACCCUCUACCGGUGGACGAUCAGACGUAUCUGAUGGUUUUAGGCGGGAAAGGAAAGGUUCCGAGCGAUCUGGUUUUAACCGUUCAAGGACGCCCUCUGUUGGAAGUCGGACGGAUAGAAAUAGAUCGUCAUUGCGGCGACCUCGGAGGCAGUAAAUCUUAA